AUGUCGGACGAUCCAACGCCCGAGUUGACUCCCGUUCCAAUUGAUGACGAUCACGUGCACGCGCACACUGAACGCCAUCGCCAGAUGAACACAGAAAUCCAGAAGAAUCCGUGGACCUUGAUGCCAUCCGAGACACCUCAACCGGGACCAACGCAUUCGGUUCGGUCAGGCACGUGCCGCUACUUGAAAGGUGCAGAACUGGGUGGCACUACCUACGACUUUUCCAUUGUGACACGAAGAAGUUCACGUGAGGAAAAGAAAGCGGUAAAAUCGACUGUCGUGGAUAUUGACGUAGCAGAUGACAGCAGCACGGAAAUGGAGAGGGGGCUAAUUGAGAAUCUAGUAGCCAGUGGUCUGGACGUAGACGUGCUGGAAGGAGAUUUUAGUCGAGUGGAGACUGACGGUGAAAAGACCAGCCAGUACUUUGUGCUACUGAUCCGUGGAAAUGAUGAAGUACUGGCUAUUUAUGGGCGACGAUUGCGACUCCAGACAUGGUUGCGCAGUGGCAACUCGCGCGAAGUGGACUCAAUAGUGCGAGGCAGCCCUAUUGUCACCCCUGCUGAGAGGAUCCAGGUCAUUGAUCAUAUCAUUCGAGAAACAGCCAAGAUUACGGAAGACCAUCCUAAUGUACGUUCGAUAUUUCCUGUUCAUGACCCUGCGACGAAUCGCUACUUGCUGACGUUCAUUGGAACGCAAAAGCUGGAAUUUUUGUCGAGCAAGUUCUUACAAAAAGUCAGGGAUCACUUUGGUGACAAGGUCGGGUACUAUUUCGCGUUCAUGGAUUUUUACAACAAGUCACUCGUGCCCGUCGCGUUUUUAGGUGUGCUGUUGACAUGUCUGCGCGGUGUGAUGAGCACACCCAUGUACAUGCGCGUUCUAGUAUGGUGGGCUGUGCUUGUUUCGAUCGUGUGGAGCUUUGGGAUGCUCAAAGCCUGGUCGCGGCGCCAAAACGAACUGAAUUACUUGUGGGCAAAUAAUCUAGAAACCCAAACGAUUGUGUAUCGCAACCCGAAGUUUCACGGCACCACGUGUUUAGACCCUGUUACGGGGCUGCCAGAUCAACACUACCCGAGCUGGAAAAGGUAUCCGAAGUAUCUGGCCGUGGUCACUUUCAUGAUUGUCCAAAUCGCUAUCAUGAUGUUGAUUAUAGCCAUCUGGAUCACUGCGUUUGUGGUGCUGAAAGUGCGCUAUCCAGAUCGAGGCGUCUUUUCCGCACAGUGGUUUUAUAUCCUAGGUGGCGGCAUCUUGUACGGGUUGUUUGUGGAUGUUAUUCAGUGGAGUGUGCUCGUGACGAGAGUUGCGCGCAUUUUCACGGAAUGGGAAAAUUGGAAAACCAUUGAGCAGUUCGAGGAAUCCCUGAUACGCAAGUUGUUUCUCAUGGAUUUCCUCAACUACUACACGUGGUUUUUCCUGCUCGCCUUCGUAUAUGUGAUUCCCGGGGCUGGUGAUACGAUUACCAACUUUCUCAACACAUUGAUAUGGAACGAUCCAACAAACUGCUGCUUUGGGCCGUAUAUGGAUCGCUCGGGUUUACAGUGUAACUCCUGUCCACCAGCAUGGAAUGAAAUGGGUCUCCCUGAAUCACGAUGCAUCCCUUGUCAUGGAUGGGUGACUUUUGACAAAAGUCACCUCGACUUGGAGACGCUCUUCCUCACGCCCAUCAUCGUUACUCAAUUACUGAACCUGAUGAUAGCUGUCGUCGUCCCCUGGAUUCACCGCAAGCACUACGAGCAGCGACUACGCGGAACAGACCAGAAAGUGAUGGCCAUGGUAAGAGCUCAAGGCGAGCGGCAUCUGUUGGCCGAGAUGUCGUACCAAAGUGAAGGCUUUGGCAACGAUGACACUAGUGCUGCGGUUCGCAAUCGUGACGAACUCGCACAUCUUUUGAAUCGGACGUCAGCUCGAUAUUUAGAGAACAGCGAAGAUGAGAUAGAGCUUCUUAACGCAAAGGCCCGCGCAAUUCUGUUCGAAAGCGAGCAGGAGAACUACGAUCCGUACGAUGACUACCACCAUAUGACGGUGCAGUUUGGCUUUGUGGUCAUGUUUUCGAUGCUAUGGCCACCCAUGCCUGCUGCAUGUAUGCUAGUGAAUGCGCUUAAGACCCGCGGCGAUGGCUUUCGGUUGUGCCGAACGAACCGGCGCCCAUUUCCGCGCAAGGCUGGCGGCAUCGGAGAGUGGAACAGCAUCCUUCUUGUGAUUGCGCUCACCGGUGUGCUUGUCAAUAUCGGCCUCAUUUUCAUUUCCACCGGUGCCAUGGAGUUUUACUCGCCCUCUUGUUCGAAGCAGAUAACUAACGCGAUAGGUGGCAACUUCUCCUACUUCCGCUUCGGCCCAGAUUUCGCCUGCUUCUCAAUCACCACGCGCAUGAUCAUGAUUCUAGUGUGUGAACAUUUGUCACUGCUGCUGAUCUGGUCAUUCUGGACGAUCGUGCGCAGUGUCCCAGCAAAGGUCCGACUUGAUUUGCUGCGCGAGGAGUACUCUUUCAAGUCGCAGCUGUAUCAGUGUGCACAAAAGAAGGCAGAAGUAACCGGAACUUUACCAGUAGCUUCAGCAGCGGCCCCACUAGACCGUGGCGACAGCUCCCACACCAUGUAUACGGCUACAUCAGGGGGUAAGCCACCAUCCCCUGUCAAAGCCUCGCAGCGUGAAGGCGUUUUUGCUGGCUCAAAGGAGGAGAACGAGCCACUACUGUCGACGAAGCGGCUGGCGCAGGCGUGGGACUCAAUGCCACCACUGUAA